CGGCUGACGGGUCGGACCAUCCGGUCCGGUUUAUUCCAAAACACUGCGUGUAUCAACUUGAGCGCUUCAUCAGUGACCAACCACCAAGGUUUCUCUAGUGCGUGAUUUAAAAUCCGUUAAGAAGAUUUUACUUGCUCUCGCACCAUCUCUUUCUCGAACAUAACAUCGCAAUUUUUGCUUAGUUCGUUUCGGCGAUUCACGGAAUCGAAAUUUGUUGAUUCAUCGAUCAUGUUGGCCAAGAGAUUAAGCUCCUUCCUUAAACUCUCCCCUAAACCUAACAUUUCCAGUACCGUGAAGGAUGCAGAUGAAAAACAGGGUAAAUAUUUUGCCCGUAAAGCAGUGUCGUUUGUUUUGAUUACUAUUACAGGCGGUGUUGCUCUGAGUGCUCUUGACGACCUUUCUAUCUAUCAUGGUUGUAGCAGCAAGGCCAUGGAGGAUGUAAGCAAGAACCAGGCAAUAAUAGAUGCUAUUGGAGAACCAAUUGUUAAAGGUUCUUGGUACAAUGCAUCUCUUGCAGUGGCUCAUAAGAGGCAAUCUGUAUCUUGCUCAUUUCCCGUUUCUGGACCACUAGGCUCAGGUGUCUUACAGCUGAAGGCAGUCCGCAAUGGAGAUGACUCUUGGUCUUCUUUUUUUCUUCAUCGUGAUUGGGAAAUUUUAGUCAUGGACGCUCUCCUCCAUGUACCUGGGAACGAGGAGAAGCAUCAGACAUUACGGAUGAAUCUCUCACCCAAGUUGUCUCCUUCUAUUGCUUGCACCGACUGUGUCGCUUGUCCAUCCGAUAGAUCAGAGGCGAAGUUGAGUUCCAAUCAACAAUAGUAAGCUUAGGUGGCUAUCUAUAUUUCGACUAUAAACACUUGUUUCUGGUUUUAAACCUUUUACAUGAGGCAAAACAAUAGAAUUAUAAUAGUAAGCUUAAGUGGAAAUCUUUCUUUCAACUAUAAACAAUCUUUUUUCUUCUGGUUUUUAACCUUUUACAUGAGGUAUUGUUUAUUUGGAAAGGGAUACAUUUUAAUGUUUCUUAUGGUGUAAUAUGUCAAUAUCAUUCAUCAUUGAAAAUAAAUGUUGGCUUGAGGGUUGUAAUUUCCCCUUAUUCUGCAGUAUCUUUUCUUUUUAUUGGUAGCUGUUUUUUUAAGACUCACAUCUGUACUUUUGUUUUCUAUUUUAAUU